AUGGGCAAGAAGAGCUAUCAGAACUAUGGGAAGACCUUCCGCAAGCCGAAGCGCCCCUUCGAGAAGGAGCGUUUGGAUGGAGAGAUGAAGAUCAUUGGCGAAUAUGGUUUGAAAAACAAGCGUGAGGUCUGGCGAGUCCAGUAUGCGCUGGCGAAGAUCCGCACAGCUGCCCGCACACUCCUGACCCAGGAGGAGCGCAGCGAAACGCGCAUCUUCCAGGGAGAAGCUUUGCUGCGUCGCAUGGUUCGUCUUGGUCUUCUGCUGGAGUCGGAGAAGAAGCUGGACUUUGUCCUAGGGCUCACAACUGCGAAGAUCAUGGAGCGCAGACUCCAGACGAAGGUGUUCAAACUCGGCCUUGCUAAGUCCAUUCACCAUGCGCGCACCCUGAUUCGUCAAAGACACAUCCGCGUGGGCAAGCAGAUUUGCGACAUCCCAUCAUUCCUGGUCCGAUUGGACAGUGAGAAGCACAUUGACUUUGCCCUCACAUCGCCAUUCGGUGGUGGCCGGCCAGGGCGUGUGCGCCGCAAGAUGGCGUCCAAAGGUGGCGGAGGUGGAGGCGAUGAUGAGGAGGCAACGGCUGGAGUGCAGGGAUCGCAGGGAUUGCAAUGGGUUCCAGCUGGAACGACUGCUUUCACCAGGUGUAUACUCCAUCCUCCGCUGACGCCUCCCCCAGCUUUCACAGCUCCGAAGUUCAAUGAGCUGAUCAUCUACGAGCUGCAUAUCGGCAGCUUUGUUUCCGAAGCAGACGAACGACGAGCUUUCGCUGCAACAAGCGAGAAGCUCGAGCACAUAGCAUCUUUGGGCUUCAACUGCAUUCAGUUCAUGCCCACAGCUGGUUCCGGCUUGUUUGCCAGUGCUUGUGAAGCAGCAGUUCGUGAAGCUGGUAGGCACAGCCUCGGCAUGGCCGUGCUCUUUGACGUCGUUCUCAAUCAUGGCUCAUCAAAGAUGAACGUUCUUUGGAAUUGGGACGGCUUUGGCCCCGACAACUGUGGAGGAAUCUAUUUCGAGGGCGAGAAGGAUACGCCUUGGGGAAAGCGCUUUGCCUUUCACAAGGCCGAAGUGCAGGACUACCUGAAGCAGUCUUGCCGGACUUGCAUUGAAGAGUACGGGGUGGACGGCUUGCGGUUCGACUCCGUGCACAACAUGCCUUGGUGGCUGUUGCAGCAGCUGACUUUUGAGAUCAAGGCGCACUAUCCAGACAAAAUCCUCAUCGCGGAGAUCACGCCGGAGAACCCGAAGGUGCUUCACGAUGCCGGGUUCCACUCUUGCUGGUUGCAUGCUACCCACUUUGAUUCGGUCAAGAUCAUGAAGGGCUCUGAUGGAGGCGCCGAUCCGAACAAGCGGCUGGGCAUGCUGAAAAAUAUGGUCGCCCCUCACGGCUUUGGAAACAUUGGCGGAGUGCACUCCUUGCUUGGAUCGCACGACCAGAUUGGAGACAGGCAUAACGGAAAUCAAGACGGGCACGGAACCCAUCGCUACUACGUCAGCCGGCUUGGCGGCAAGGGCAACUGGCAUGCGCGUGCGCAGUGCCGUGCGUGGUUUGGGUUCCAGAACUGUUGUAAAGGCCUCCCGAUGACCUUUAUGGGUACCGAGAAUCUCCAGGAAGAUUGGUGGCAUGUUGACAAGCAUCAUCGGCUCAACUGGGGACUGCUUGAAGGCGGCGAUCCGCACACGGCAGAGAUGCGAGCAUUCGUAACUGCUUCUAACAAGUUGAGAGUCUCAUGCGAGCCGCUCACACGGGACGAGGUCAAGUUUGUCCAUGAGGAUGGUGGCAGCACCAUCUUGGCCUUUAUGCGCUGGACCCAGGAGACGGCAGCACUUUGCAUUGCCCACCUGGCUGAGUCCCAGUGGGAAAGCGCCGCUCAGCUCCGGAAGAAAUUUCUUGUUGUUAGCACUGGCUGGGGUGGAGGAAGAACCUGGAAGCUGGUUUUGAACUCCCAGGCCAAAGAGCCGGAGCCUCUGCGGGACUGGAGUAUAUAUUAUGUAUAUUAUGUAUAUUAUUAA